UUGUAUGAGUAGCACCCGGCGGCUUUUUUGAAGUGUUGUGUGUAUGUCCAGGUUUUUUACAUCAUCUAUGUUUAUGCAUUUGUAAAUAUUUCUGUCUAUAUCAAUUCAUUAUUUAUAAAUACGAUGUACUUCCGACGAGAAACACAAUGGACGUGGCUGAUAGCAAAGGUAUGACAAAGGUAUUAGCUAACUAACAGAAUGCUAGCUAGCCUACUAGUUGUCAAAGUUUGAUUUUUAAGCUAGGCUAUCAGUAGCUAGCAGUCAAAUGACAAUAAAUAGCUUUCACCUGUGAUCGCUGAAUAUGGAUUCUUCGAGUCCACCAUCGAAAAGAAAGUUUUAUAUGGGGCGUCAUCAGUACAAGACAAAAAGCAUGACCAUACUGCAUCUGAAGCAGAAAGAUAAUGAACAGGAGGUAGGAGACUACACUUUGGCCAUGGAUCAGGAGAUUCUUGAAGCCUUAGAUGAUCUUGACCCUGGUGGGACUGGAACAAAUAAUGGAGUGGAAAUUCAUCCCAGUUCAUCUGUAGGCGUUAAAAGAGUCAAUUCUACAAAGGAGAAGAAUAAAAGCUCCACAACCUCUCAUGAUAUAUCCAAACCGGCAGGCCAAGGGACAAUCCCAGUAUCCCAGGGUUGUCAGAAAACUUGGAAACGGUUGGAAAAUGGUAAAAGUUUGGCACAGAAACUGCUCUUCAGCGAGGACGGAGAAGGGCUACACUCAAACCAUGAUGCACAGAAACCUAAAAGUGACCCGGACGAAAAGACUUCUGACACUCAUAAAACAGCCCCCACACAGGCAAAACUGUCUGACAGAAAUCCCUCUCAUCCUCCAAGAAAGAAAAAUCAGGAUGCUGAGGAAUCUAUGAUUAAAGGUAAACAAUCAAAAAGCACAGGAAAGGACUACAUCCUCUUCAGCCCUACCCAUGUAGCAGCGGCAAAGGAGAAAAAAGGCCACCAGCUGCCGUCUCGUUCCCUGGGCAAUCAUUCGGUGUCAGUGCUCACUCCUCCUGGCCUGGAGCAGAGCUCUCUGGGGGAAACGCUGGCUGAUGCAGGACUGAGUAUGCAUAUGGCGAUUCCAACUGAUCUCACAGACAAGCUACUUCUGUCAAGCUGGGGCCUUCCCAAGCCUGUGCUUGACCGGUACCAAAGCCGGGGUGUGCAGCGCAUGUUUGAGUGGCAAGCUGAAUGCCUCACCCAGAGAGGAGUCCUGGAAGGCAAAAACUUGGUGUAUUCAGCUCCUACGAGUGCUGGGAAAACUUUAGUGUCUGAGUUACUCAUUCUCAAGAGAGUCCUUGAAACGAGGAAGAAAGCUAUAUUUAUUCUACCAUUUGUGUCUGUGGCCCGGGAAAAGAUGUUCUAUUUGCAGGAUGUGUUCCAGGAGGCGGGGGUGAGGGUGGAGGGUUAUAUGGGCAGCACGUCCGCUGCGGGCGGGUUUGGGGCUCUGGAUGUGGCUGUAUGCACCAUAGAGAAAGCAAAUGGACUCAUCAAUAGGUUGAUUGAAGAGGACAGAAUGGACUUGUUGGGAAUAGUGGUUGUAGACGAGUUGCACAUGGUUGGAGACUCUGGGAGAGGCUAUUUGCUGGAACUUCUACUGACCAAGAUUCGCUUCAUUGCACAGAAAACCUCAACUGCAGAUACAAGAUCUUUGUCAGAAAAAAGCCAGAGUGUUUCUAAGGAAAUUCAGAUUGUGGGGAUGAGUGCCACGCUACCCAAUCUGGACCUCUUGGCCACCUGGCUGGAUGCUGAGCUUUAUCAUACAGACUACCGACCCGUCCCUCUGAAAGAGUGGGUGAAGAUUGGCUCCAGUGUUUACGAUGGCUCAAUGGCCCUCAUGAGGAAGUUCCAGCCUGCUCUUCAAGUUAAGGGUGAUGAUGACCACAUUGUAAGCCUGUGUUUUGAGACCAUACAGGACGGUCACUCUGUAUUGCUGUUCUGCCCCUCUAAAAGCUGGUGUGAGAAACUGACAGACAGCAUUGCAAGGGAAUUUUACAACCUCCAUCACAAAGAAAAGCAGGGUUCGUCAGGCCCACCUCCUGUGUCUCUGAAGCAUGAGGGUCUGCUGGAUGUGGUGGCUCAGCUGAAACGGUCCCCUGCAGGACUCGAUCAUAUUCUCCAGCGCACUGUGCCAUGGGGUGUGGCCUUCCAUCAUGCAGGACUGACCUUUGACGAGAGGGAUAUUUUAGAGAAUGGCUUCCGUGAGGGUUGCAUUCGAGUCCUGGCCGCAACGUCUACCCUGUCUUCUGGCGUGAACCUUCCGGCGCGACGCGUCAUCAUCCGUACCCCGGUCUUCAACGGCCACCUGCUGGACAUAUUGACCUACAAGCAGAUGGCAGGGCGAGCAGGGCGCAAAGGAGUGGACACUGAGGGUGAGAGUGUGCUGGUCUGUAAGGAGUCUGAACGUCUCAAGGGAGUCAGCUUGAUACAGGGCACGCUGAAGCCAAUCAGCAGCUGUCUAAUUAAAAAGGAGGGUGAGGGCGUUACGACUAGUAUGCUUCGGGCAAUUCUAGAGAUUAUCGUUGGGGGAGUUGCGAGCACUCCGGAGGAGGUGAAGCUCUAUGCCUCCUGCACGCUACUGGCAGCGAGUCUGGCAGCAGAGGAAGGGAGUGCAGGAUCAACAUCCAGCACGAAGGACAAGAGUCGUGGAGCCAUAGAGGCCUGUAUAGAGUGGCUCAUGGACAAUGAAUUUAUCCACAUCCAGAACGACAAAGAUGCAGAGGAGAGGUAUUGUCCCACUCAUCUGGGCUCUGCGACUCUGUCCUCAUCCCUGUCACCACCGGAGGCCCUGGGGAUAUUUGCAGACCUGCAGAGAGCAAUGAAGGGAUUUGUGUUGGAGAAUGACCUCCAUAUUCUUUACCAGAUAACCCCUGUGUAUGCGGACUGGACCACAAUUGACUGGUACCAGUUUUUCUGUCUCUGGGAACAGCUGCCAUCAUCGAUGAAGCGUGUGGCUGAAAUGGUGGGAAUCCAGGAGGGUUUCCUGGCACGCUCGGUCAGUGGGAAGCUGGUUGCCAAGACUGAUAAACAACGAAGGCAAAUGGCCAUACAUAAACGAUUUUUUACUACACUGGUGUUACUGGACUUGGUGAAUGAAGUACCUCUGGGUAUUGUGGCGAAGAAGUACGGGUGUAGCAGAGGACAGCUUCAGUCUCUUCAACAGUCGGCCUCCACCUACGCAGGAAUGGUCACGGUCUUCUGCAACCGCUUGGGUUGGCACAACCUGGAGAUACUACUGUCACAGUUCCAGAGUCGCCUCAGUUUCGGAGUGCAGAGAGAACUCUGUGAUCUGGUGCGGAUCUCUCUCCUGAACGCCCAGACCGCACGAACCCUGUACAGCGCAGGACUUCUCACCGUGGCAGAUGUGGCCCAUGCGCAGGUUGCAGAUGUAGAGAAAGUGCUGAGGAAAGCUGUCCCUUUCAAAAGCUCCAAGCAGGCCGUUGACGAGACUGAAUGGGAAGUCCAGGAGCGCAGAAGCUUACGUUGUAUAUGGGUCAGCGGGAAGAAGCCCUUGACGGAGAGAGAGGCAGCUCUGGAGAUUGUGGCCGAGGCGAGGCACCUGCUGCAGCAGGACUUGGCCAUGCUGGGUGUGAACUGGGACCCAGCCUCUCUACCACUAGGGGGCAGCACAAACCAGCCAGCAGCAGAGCGAUCAGCUGAUGAUGAGUCAGAGAGGACAGCGGUGCACAAGCCUGAGGUCAAUGAGGCAAGUGUUAAAGGAGAAGUGACUGACACCAAUACAAGUGCAGAUUGUAAACAUGCAAAGGGAGUGGUGAAAGACACAGAGAUCACGAAAAGUCUGCACAUGGCGUGUGACGACACUGUCCGUCUCCAAGUUACAUCCAAAGAGAAUGUUGAAAGCGGGGAAGAACCCAUGGACACUUCUGUUGACAAAUCAACUAAGAACACCAUUACAAAUCCUGUGCUGGAUUUUCUGCCUGCUGACUGUGAACGCCGAUCCAGUGCAUUGUAUAAAGUGCUGAGGUCCAUAAAAGCAAAAGACAAGAAACGGCCAGUGGACGACACAGUGUCUGCUCAGUCAUCUGUUCAUGUGAAUUCAGACAAUCAGUUAAAUACAAAUGGCAUGUCUGCCACUGAGGAGCAGUCUGCACCACCACCUGAUACUCAGGUGUCCAAACGUAGGAAAGUGGAAGAUUUAGGAGUGACAGAUGGACAUGAUGGACAAAUCGUAAAUAAAUACAGCACAUCACUUCCAGAGAGGACAGAUCAGCCCUCCUCAGACCUAGCUAAAGAUCAAAAUCACACAAGUAAAGAAGGCGACAAAAAUACAGAUAAACUUGAGCAAGCAACCCAGUUGAAAGACUCUGAGGAAGUCCCGAGGUUAAGUUGUGACAAGAAUCAGGACCGUGGGAGGAAGGUCAGAUUUAAAUCCAAGCAUUUCUUUACCGAGGACACGCAUAGCGAGGCCAAAAACGAAACAGAGAGAUCUUCUUUAGUACAAACAAACAGAAACAAAGCUGAAGACUCAUGUCAAAGUCAAGAUGUUCCCCAAGACACUUCCUCAUCAUCAUGUCACAUCAGGACACCAGGAAUUAAACAAGUCACUGUUGUCUCACCAGCAGAGAAAUGUACAUCCCCUGAUUUGUACACAGGGAAUGCAGGGGACUUUGGUGACAGUUUUCAGCUAGACACACAGACCGAGAGAAUCAUACAGCAGCAAGAUGGUGUUUUUCAGGGAGAUGCCAACUUAACAGCUAGUAAUGGAACCAUGAAAUCCCACACUGAUGGUGUUUUUCAGGGAGAUGCCAACUUAACAGCUAGUAAUGGAACCAUGAAAUCCCACACUGAUGUUGUUUUUCAGGGAGAUGCCAACUUAACAGCUAGUAAUGGAACCAUGAAAUCCCACACUGAUGGUGUUUUUCAGGGAGAUGCCAACUCAAAAGCUAAUAAUGGAACCAUGAAAUCCCACACUGAUGUCAUGCUUAAGCUAUCAGUAUCUGAAGACGAAAAGUCUUCUGAGGAAUCUGGUAUUGAGACAAACCCCAACAGAGAGAGGUCAUUGGGCAAUAUAAGUCCUACCAAUGUCUGCCUUCGCAGCUGUACCCUAGCCCAUUCCAAAUACAACAUCUCCCUGACAGACAGUCAAAUGGAAAAAAUUCUCAAUUACAGUAAUCAAGUAAUCGAAGAGAAUUUGAGAGCUCCACAGCAGGACGAGCAAGCAAAUGACCCACAUGCUCUAGAAUCCAACAACGGCCAGAAGAUCCCACAAGAUGCAGCGGAGACCAGCCUCAAUGGUAGCAGCAGUUUCCUAUUUGAUAGUCUAUAUGAUAGCUCCUUGCUGGAUGCCCUGGCAGCAGAGGAUGCGUCAGGUGAAACUGAGGAGGAGGAGGUGGAUGGAAUGGCGGAAGAGACUGGAGUGACGACAGAGAGUGGAAUGAGGGCAGAGAAUGGAAUGGCGGAAGAGACUGGAGUGACGACAGAGAGUGGAAUGAGGGCAGAGAAUGGAAUGGCGGAAGAGAAUAAAGUGACCGCAGUGGAUGGAAUGGCAGAGGAGAACAGAAUGGUCGCUCAGGAUGGAAUAGCAGCAGAUACUGAGGAACCCCCAGAUAGUCCACCCCUUGGUGAAGUUCAAGAGGCCAUCCAAUGGGGCGAGUCGUCAUUCAACCUGUCUGAGUGGGGAGAUUCCCUCCUGAUCGGAGAACAUUACCUGGAGAAAAUGAAUAGUGUGUUAAAAUGUGGCCAUCUGCCAACCAGAGAGCCAGAGAGGCCAGGUAUGGAGGAGUGUGUUAUGUCUGAGUUCCCUGGGCCUGUUGACAGAGAAGUGAUUUGUAAAGACCUAGAGGCAAAGAUCAGUGAGUGCUCGUUUCUUGUGAGUCCAGGAAUGCAAGAGGUAUUUGAUAAGUGGUCAGAGCAGUUUUCAACUUUCAGUGAAAUGCCAGUGGAGACAAAUUCAGACUCCUCAGAUCAUGAAGGUUUGAUAGCUGAGAGGGAAGACAAUGUGGUUGACACUGAAAAUAAAAACAAUGUAGGUGAGAAUGAUGUUGUCAUGACACACAACACAAUAGGAAACCCACGGUCCAGACAAGGGGGUGACAUCAUUCCUCCAACCCCAGAGCCUGUCACUCCUGUAAGGGUCAAAAUGACCACCUCGGCCAUCCAGUCACCACUUCAGCCCCAAUCCUCAACGAACACCAAAGAAAAACCUUGGCCUGAUGUGGAAGUGAAAUUAAAAUCCAAUCUCAGCGAUAACAACCCUCUAACCGACAGUGGCCUUCCACAUGAGGCAACCGAGGAACAGAUAUCUAUGGGGUUCACUCCCAGCAGUCCCGAGUCCUUCACAAUCAUUGAUGUGGCCAGUGAUCAGAGCCUCUUUGAGACUUUUGUGAAGGAGUGGCAAACGCAGCAGAGGGUUGCUCUGGCUCUCGCCUGUGAGGAGUGUGAUCGCAUUCCAGACACCAAGUCGGUCAUAGGAGUAAAACACAAACAAGGUGUCCACCCAGGGAAAAGCCUGAGGAAAGAUGGGUUCCCUGUGAAAGGAGAUGAAGGACUUGUUGUUGUUGGCAUCUCUGUGUGCUGGGGAGGAAAAGAUGCCUAUUACAUAUCUCUACAGCAGGAACAGACAAACAGAGACAUCAGUGCAAGCUUAGCCCCUCCUCCUCUGGAUGACAAAUUGACUGUUGCCGAGAGACAGAAGCGAAUUCAAAGCUGUUUAGAAAAGAAGGUUCUCUCUGAUGAUGGAGGAGUUACAAUUGCAUAUGACCUCCUUCAAGUCUACAAGACAUUGUUGUUGGCCUGUGGAGUCUCACUUGGAGGAGUCUUCGAAGACCCAAAGGUUGCUUGUUGGCUGCUGGACCCUGGCUCUAAAGAACGCACUCUGCACAACAUGGUGACAAACUUCGCCCCACAAGACGUCUCUCUGCUGGACGGUAUUAGUUCAGGACAAGGCGUGCAAAGUUUAGGGAUGAGUGGGGAUGCCAGUUACUCCGGACGGUACAGAGCAGCAGUGGAAUGCGUCCUUGUUUACAGAGUCAUGGCCCAGCUCACUGACCUUCUGUCCAAGGACAGUCUGUUAGAUGUGUUUCACAAUGUGGAGAUGCCAAACCAGUACUGCCUGGCUUUGUUGGAGCUCAAUGGUAUUGGGUUCAGCACCGAGGAGUGCGAAGCCCAGAAGCAUGUUAUGCAGGCCAAGCUCAAAGCCCUGGAGUCCCAGGCAUACCAGCUGGCUGGGCACAGCUUCUCCCUGACCAGCCCUGACGAUGUUGCAGAGGUGCUGUUCUUGGAGCUGAAGUUGCCUCCAAACGGGGACGUAAAUGGUCAGAAGGCCAAGAAGACUCUUGGUUACACUCGAAGACCUGGUGGAGGUCGGGUCAGACUGGCUAAACAGUUUAGCACCACAAAGGACAUUCUAGAAAAACUGAAACCACUGCACCAGUUACCAGGGGUUAUUCUAGAAUGGAGAAGAAUCACAAAUGCCCUGACCAAGGUAGUUUUUCCCCUGCAAAGAGAGAAAUGUCUGUAUCCAGUACUGAAUAUGGAGAGGAUACAUCCAGUCUCACAAACACAUACAGCAACAGGAAGAGUUAGCUUCACUGAACCGAACAUUCAGAAUGUCCCCAAAGAUUUUGAUAUAGAGAUGCCCACAGUAAUUGGGGAAAGCCAGCCAUUGGAGAAUGGAAGUAGUAUUGGUUCCUCAAAAAGGAGAAAAUCAAGGAUUCCUCAGCAAUUUGUACCACUCAUCAAAACAUUGGAAACUCCACAAGAAAGGGGCACACCUUUUUCAGUUAGUAUGAGGCACGCUUUUGUCCCUUUCUCAGGAGGGCUCAUCUUAGCAGCUGACUACUCUCAGUUAGAGCUCAGAAUCUUGGCUCACCUGUCGCGUGACCGGCGACUCCUCAAGGUGCUUAACAGCGGGGCAGACGUCUUCAAAAGCAUUGCAGCUGAGUGGAAGAUGGUGGACCCUGCAUCAGUAGAUGAUCGUUUGAGACAGCAGGCAAAACAGAUUUGUUAUGGAAUCAUCUAUGGCAUGGGAGCAAAAUCUCUUGGAGAACAAAUGGACAUUGAUGAGAAUGAUGCUGCAUCUUACAUUGAAUCUUUCAAAUCAAGAUAUUCAGGAAUACAGACCUUUUUAAAAGAAACUGUGAAGAACUGUGGCAAAAAUGGCUAUGUACAGACCAUUCUUGGCAGGAGGAGGUUUCUCCCAGGCAUAAAAGAUAAAAAUAUGUAUAUAAGAUCGCAUGCUGAACGCCAGGCAGUCAACACCACUGUCCAAGGGUCUGCAGCUGACAUCGUCAAGCUUGCCACAGUCAACAUUCAGCUGCAGUUUAACAAAGCUUUCCAGAACAUACCCCAGUCUCAUCAGCACCCUGUCCCAGGAGCAGAUUCCUCAAUGAUGACAACCACAGAAGGAAUGAUCUUCCUUAGAUGUGACAGAGGAAUGAGCUUCUUCAUAUCUGUGACUAGGAAAGGAUCAAGGCGCCACCGAGUCCUCUCCAGGCCCCUGAGAGGAGCUUACUUCAUUCUACAACUCCACGAUGAGCUCAUCUAUGAAGUCGCUGAAGAAGACCUCAUACAUGUUGCACAGAUUAUGAAGAAAGAAAUGGAGUCCGCUGUGAAGCUGUACGUGAAGCUCUGUGUCAAAGUGAAGGUUGGCUCCAGCUGGGGUAAUCUACAAGACUUGGAUAUUUAGUAGAUAUUUAUUACUGGAGGGACAUCCUUUGCACCUUCAAGAGCCAACAGAUUAAACUGCUCAUUUGUAAAAUGUUGGUUUGUGAUUGUAGUGUUCAUAAUCAUAUAACAUUUCCAAAGAAUUUUUUUAACCUCCUGUUUUUAUUGGUUUUUAGCCUCUUCACAAAAGGCCUGGAUAUAUUUCCUUUAUUGGGCCAGAAGCAAUAAUGAAUUUAAAUGAAUGUCUUUGAAUGUAUUGUAAUUAAAUGUACAUUUGCUGUAUGUAUCUGUAUUUAUGUAAGGGGAAUUACAAGAUGUAUAGUUGUACACAUUAACACUAUUUCCUACCCAGGUUGUGAGAAGAAUUAAGCGACUAAAAAAAUGUAUCGCACUAUUAAAAGUUCUGAUUCAAAGUU